CAUCUUGUUUUACUUAUUCCAACCCAACCAAAACCAUCUUCUUUUUCAAUUUUUCUCUCUGUGCCGUCCCAAAGGGAAUAAUAACAGUAAGUUUAGAUAUGUCCAUAGUGUUGAACAAAAAUAACAGCAGCAAAAUGGGUACCCCUGUGUUCCAUGAAUUCAAAAAGCAAGCUUCUUUCUUCCUCAAGGAGAAAAUCAAGACUGCUAGAUUAGCUCUAACAGAUGUCACCCCUGCAGAAUUGAUGACAGAAGAGGCAACUAGUGGAAAUCCAUGGGCCCCAGAUUCUCCAACACUCAGAUCAAUUUCAAGGGCUGCUUUUGAGCUAGAUGAUUAUUGGAGGAUUGUGGAGAUUUUGCAUAAAAGGUUGCUUAAAUUUGAAAAUAAGAAUUGGAGGGUCUCUUACAAUUCCUUGAUUGUGCUUGAGCACUUGUUGACUCAUGGACCAGAAAGUGUUGCAGAUGAAUUUCAGAAUGACAAAGAUGUUAUUAGCCAGAUGAAAGGUUUUCAGUACAUUGAUAACAGCGGGUUCAACUGGGGCCUAACUGUCAGAAAAAAAUCAGAAAGGAUAAUGAAACUACUGGAAGAAGGAUCUCUUUUAAAGGAAGAGAGAAACCAUGCUCGAAGGUUAUCUAGAGGAAUUCAAGGCUUUGGAAGUUUCUCCCACAGCUCAACUCCAGCACAUGCUUCCAUUCUACGUGAGAAAUCAUUGCCAACAACACUUGGGAGAUAUGAUUCAGACUUAAACAAUCAUGAAGAUCGGGAAAACCAGCCCUUUGGUUCUAACAAUGGUGUGGCCAUAGUAGCUGCCAAAUCUCCUAGCCAUCAAGGUGGGAUUUCCAAGUCCUUGGAGAGUGUGGAAUCCAAGAGAAACCAGGAUGAUCUUGGUAACAACCAAAUGCUUCAGAAAGACGAAACUAGUUCUAAAGAAAACAUGGAGCCUAGCAAGGAGGAAUUCCAUCUAUGGAACUUCAAUGGGGAGUCCAAACCACUUUUGGAUUGUGAUGAUGAGGAUUCCAGGCUUGGGAUUGCUAGAACCGAAGAUGAUCACCCCUUUAAUUCAACAGAAAUACAUGCCUCUUCAUCCCUACUUUCUGCCAGAGACGGAAUACUACAAGGGUGUUGAAGCAAUUUGAAGAUUUAAACGAAGCCAAAAAGUUGCGUGCAUAUUGCAUUUUCCAUUCAGAAGAGCAUUUUUAAUGAACGUCUUAUGGUACAUGUAUCAUGUAUAUGAGUAGCCAUUAUGUUACUUCAAAGAACUUCCCCUCUAUAUCACGGUUUGUUACCCAACAAAGAAAACGGAUUUUGGAAUGUAUUUCUCUAUAUUUCAUCUGAGUAGAUAUUUAAAUUCAACCUUCUCUAG